AUGUUUGGGCUGAGAGCGAAGCCUGCAUGGACAAGCGAGAAGUGUCGCUGGCUAGCGGUUGCAUCUAAAGCCAAGAUCAUCAAUCGUGUGCGAGGUAUGAGAGAUUGGAUGUUUAGCGAGUCGCAGCAGCACCGUGAGGUGCUGCGUUUGUUGCAGCGUACGGUUGAGCGCUAUGGAUUUCUAUCAAUUCAAACGCCGGUGCUAGAGCACACGGAUCUGUACAUGCGAACGUUGGGCGACAGCUCGGACGUCGUCAUGAAGGAAAUGUACACGUUUCGCGAUUACUCUGGCAGAAGUAUUACGCUUAGACCUGAAGGCACUGCUGGCGUAUUACGUUUUCUCGUGAGCAAUAAUUUGAUGAAUUCUUUGCCUCAAAAAAUCUCGUACUCGGGUAGCAUGUUUCGAUACGAGCGUCCCCAGCGUGGAAGGUACAGAGAGUUCCAGCAGUUCGGUACGUUCAUCAUAAUACUGACCUUGUUCGUCGCAGUUGAUAUCCCUAAGGCAUCAAUGCCAGGUGUGGAAUAUGUAGGCUCUUUGGGGCCGUCAGUAGAUACUGAGGUGAUUGCAAUGGCUGCAGAUGCCUUGGAUGCCCUGGGCUUAAAAGACAAAGUCACGUUGGAGUUAAAUUCUCUUGGCGACUCUGAAAGUCGUGAAAGAUAUCGAAAUGCACUAAAAAACUUUUUUUCUCAGUGCAAGGACAAGCUUUCACCAGAUAGCGUCAGCCGUCUUGAGCGAGGAAGUUUGCUUCGGAUUUUGGACUCCAAGAAUGAGUCUGAUCAGGAAAUUCUUGCAAACGCCCCACUACUUUGUGAUUAUCUCUCAGAUGAAUCCAAUAAGCGCUUUGACAAUGUUUUAAGUGGCUUGGACGCGUUGAGUAUUCAAUAUCAAAAAAAUACUCGUCUUGUCAGAGGGCUCGAUUAUUAUAGUAGCACCGUCUUUGAAUUUGUUGAAAGUCCAAUAUCUGAUGCCCACGACGUCAACAAAGCACCUGACGGAGGUAUUGCUGUCUUGGCUGGUGGAUGCUACGAUGGUCUAGCAGAGUCGGUAGGAGGCCCGAUGACUGCUUGUGUUGGCUGGGCGGCCGGUAUUGAUCGACUACUUUUGCUCCGCGAUACGCCGUCUCAAGUGAAGCCCUCUGUUUCGGUUGUCCCCGUGCUUACGGCCGAUUCAGUUGGAGUGAUUGAAGAAGCUAUGCGUCUUGCACAGCGUCUUCGCCGGCAUGGAUCAAGUGUUCAUUUUUGUCACGGAGGAGGAAGCUUAAGGAAGCAGAUGAAGGCGGCUGAACGCUGCGGUAGCACAUAUGCUGUAAUCAUUGGUAAAGCAGAAAUUGAAAAAGGUGCGGUGAAGGUAAAGAAUCUUCGCAAGCGUGAAGAGGUAGAAGUUCCCAUGGAGAUGCUGGGCAAUUCCAAGUAUUUUUGA